UUCUGAGCUGAUGUUGAUUGUAACAGGAGGCAGGGAGGUGCUACUUGAGCAGGCUGACUGAAUAACUGCUAAAAACAUACCUGGCUGAAGUUAUUGAAACUGUCCUCUCCACCACCCCGGCAGUAAUGAAAAGGCUAAUCUUCUCUAAGUCUCUUAUAACCCAUCAAUCUCUUAAGGGGCUGGAUCCGUGAUUAAAAACAGAGGGAAAGCAGCUGUCUUUUUAUCCUCUCGUAAUUAUUCCUUGGUCGUCAAUAGGUGUAGAUUUCCUGGGAGUGUCAUGGUGAUAGAGGUUACGUUUCCCUGUGUUGUUGGGACUAAAUGUUCAGGGGUGUUGGUUGUUUGAGUGCUCCACUGAGAGCCCUGGGGAUGGAAAGUGUGAGUCUUGUUCUCUGUGAUUUCACUGCAUCGUGAAGGUUUGGCUUAUUUUGGAAACGUGCACCUAAAGGCCAAAAAACAGCUAUCCAGUGUCAAGGCAAGGAGAGGCCUCUUUAAUUACCUUUUCUCUACUUUUUUUUUCUUCUGCUGUUUCUCACCAGCUGGUGGUAGGAAUGGGUUUUAAAUUAUUUUAAUUAGAAAGUCAAAACCAGCAACUUGCUUUUUACUGCUGAAACUUGGUGAAUAAAUUUCAGUAAGUGUUCCAGGUUUGUUCUGUCAUUGCUGUUUCCAGACCUUGUUGCCACAAUUAAAAGUGUGAGUAGGUAAAUUCUUAUUGGUGAACCCUGGACACAACUAGAGAUGUCUCUAAGUGUUGUACUUGCACUUUUGACUUGAAGGGGUUAGUUCUGGGAGGCUGUGAGCCACAAGAUGGCCGCUUCCUGGUCAGUAGCACCUACCUCUCUCCAUGGGGUUCCAGAGGAAGUUUUCAAUGUUGCAUGUUUGGUACGAACCCUUCCUACUUCCUGAGACAUCCAUACCCAUUUACUUGUUUAAUUGCACAGCUACAGAUGGCAAGUGCAAGAGGACUAAUUCAUGCUGUGUCCUACUUUCAGUGGCAAUGACUGUCAAUCACCUUGUUACUCUAUUAUUUGGUAAAUGCAGUUACCUUUUCCUUCAAAUGUCAAGUAUGGGAAGACUUCCAGCUAAGAAAGAACCCAGCUGAUACCUGAAACAGGUUAUUUUUAGUGUCCCAGGAGUACCUAGUGAUGUUAAUCCAUUUGUGUCUCAUUUUCAGCAUCUGCAGACUUGGAAAAAUUCAUCUCUCAAGAAGAUAGGAGGGAGAAGGGAUGUUUAGGAAGUAUUCAAGUUUGUUAUUUAGGUGAACAAAGGAGGCAUUUAAAAUGUAAAGGAUGUCUCCUAAAACAGGCCAAUUAUCUGUGAUAAAGAUUUCCACCCUUAGUAUUUUCUAGAAAUGAAAAGUCAACAAUAAGCAAUUAACUCUAUGAAUCUACUGCUUUGGUUUCUCUCCUGUAGCCCCUCCUCAUGGCAAUUGCCUGUAUGUAAGGCAGACAGUCUAUGAUUUGGUGAAGACCAAUGCAUGAGGUGGGAUUCAUAUGGAUUGGAUGUGUAUUUUUGAGUAAAAUCUGUGCCCUGCUUAUAUUAAGCUGAUGACUUUUCUUGCAUGCAUGCAAAUUUGUUAUUUCUUUGGCUAAUUCUGGGCUGUAAAUAUACAUCAGUGGUGACAUGCACCUUGUGAAUAUACUGCUACAUGCAUCACUAAUUGCUCUGAGAGCCCGAAAUACCCUUCCCCAUGCUCUGAACCAGCAAUUGGCCUAUGCCAUUAGCCAACGCAGGUAACUACUCUUUUUGGAAAAUAUUGAGGUUGCAUGUAUCUUGUGCUACAGUAACCAAGUUGUAAGUUUAAAAUUAAAAGUGUGUGAAAAUGAAGUAUUUUAAGAGAUAUUUUUCUUUCUUUCUUUCUGUGAGAAAAUUUCUGAUGAUCAAGCACCUUAAGUGGUAAUUGAAAGCAACCAAGUGUAAUUUACUUUUGGUAUCUCAGAGUGCAUUUCUUUGGUGUGGAGGAUGCGAGUUUUAAUAUUUGAAACUACAAAGAAAAUGCCUUUGUGCCUCUCCUGCAGGCACAAAAAAACUGUAAAAAUCCAGUCUUAUUGAUUAAAAAUUAACCCAAAAACUUCCUAGUGUACAAUAUUUCAUGUAGCUCUGAUUCUCAUCUUUAUUAACAUUUUGUAAUAUCACGAAAGCAAACAACUAUUUCAUGGUCUUCUAAGUGUUUGCUAUGCCAUUUGAUCUUGUGUGGCAUGUGCAGGGAAAAAUGAUAGAACUUCUCUCUCCUUUUUGAGCAUUUGAAAAAGAAAGCCCAAACACUAAUCUAUUCAGUGUUACACGAUGUUACCUGAUAAGCAAUUAUUUUUCCAGAUGCCCAGUGGCACACUUCAAAGUACCUAAAUAUCUUGUAGAUUUUAAUGUACAUUCUUCAUUUGCUCAGCAGUGAAAGGAGGCUGGUUAGUAACCAGAAGUUGCUAUUUGCUUAGGCCUGGUGCAGACAGAAACCUUUCACAAGGUGAGCUGACUGACAAUCUAGUUAAAAUGUUAUGAGCUGACAAUUCAAACAAGGUAUGUGAAGAUUGGGAAGGUGAAAGAAGGAAGAUGUGUCAGAGUGCAAAGUUCCCAGUUGGGAUGAUUGGGAUUAUAGAUGUAAAAAAUACGUCACAGCUGCAUGACUUUCACUUCCUGUGGUGCUGAGAUUGCUGGGCAGUGAAAGUGCUCACCUAAAGUCUCCUCUGCAGAACACUGUGUUGCUGCACAUGUGCAGCUGUGCUGUUUUGAGGACUUGGAUUCAGUAUCCACACUCUGGCUCAAUGUUGAGGGAUUAGUAGGACUACUUGCCGAAAAAGAUGCUGUAUGACACGGAUAGGACCUACAAAUUCUGGCUGUUGGUGGCAAGGGAGAUGAUACCUCUUGGGUUUUUGCGCUGCAAGAUAAAUUGAACCUUGUUAAAGGAUGGAUUUAAUUUAAACCCUGUUUUAUAGAAUUUGCCAGACCCUUCCUUGUCUUUAUAAAUGUCAUCUGUGGUCCACUGUAGAGCCCCAAACCAAAUCAUUUCAUUACUUAGAAAGCUGGAAGCACAGAAAUUCAACAAGGGCUAUUGAGUUAAACAAAUGCAAAGUUCUAAGUAAGUAGGUAGAAAAUAUAUUUCUCUAAAAAGAAAUGCCCAACGUUUAUUUUCAUAAGCAAGUCCCUGAUUAUGUCAUGUCUAACAGACCAGAAAUUUCCCAGAUGCUAUUGGAGCUAAAUGCAUCCGGAGGAAUUAGGCACUCAAAUGCCUUAUGUGUUAAAGUCCAAUGUUUAUGGAUCAGUGGUAUUCACAUAACUUAACCUUCACUUAACUCUUCAGCACAGAACUGGACUCAGUUUUCUCAGAUCCCUGUCUCACUGCUGAAGUUGAUGGAUUUUUUGGUGUAAGAGUGGCUUCUUUUACAACUGUCCUUUGUGGAAAGUAUAUGCAGUUCAAAGAGACUUGCCAGAUAAGGCCUCAGGCUGUGAGAGGAGAGGGAAUGCUGGUUUUAGGAAUGAUGAGGGAGCUUUUGGAUGAAGCAGACCUUGAGUAGGUCAGCAGUGCCAGGCAUCAGGACAGUUAUGCCUAUACGCAGCCUCAGAAGUGUGGGAUCUGUUCCUAGAAAUGCAUCCAGAAGGAAGUUAAGGUACUUGUAAGGUGCCACAGACAUUUUGUGAAUGAAACUGGGGUCCAAGGGAUGGACAAAGCAGGCAUCAACAGUGGAGUGUAAGGAUGCUACUUUUUUCUUUUGCCAUCUAACAUGUUAAUUUAGGAACUUGGAGGAUGUUGAGCAAUGAAGUUAAUGCGUUUAUUCAACAUGCUGGGGGAAAAUGAGGCUAUCCUCUUCUAUCUUUAAGACUGUCUUCUCUGUUUAACUGUCUUGACUGUUACUAGCUCCUUCAGCUAGAGUCCGCAUCAGCGGGAAUGCAAUUUCCAUGCAUUGUUUCAGUCUGGAAAUGAAAUAAUUUUCAUUAAUGGAAACCUGGUUCUCAAGCAGAACAAUUAGACCCACUUCAGGUUGAAAAAAGAUAAAAGCAUGCUAAUUUGGAUGGAGGACUCUUCUUUCAAGGCAGCCAAUUGAGUCAUCAGCCUGCCACCCACCUGACCGUCUGACAGGUAAUUAGGAGAUAGUCCUUUUUUUGUGUGGAGUGUGUGCAUAAACCUGCACACGCUGGUGUCACUGCCCAUUGGGACUUCCAGAGGAAAGAGCUAGUCAGUCAAAAGAGUGAGGAGGGCACGUUUCACAAGCUGUGCCCAACGAUCUGACUUGCUUUUUGAUUUAGCUUCCUAUUUCUGUCUUUUAACACCCACCCGAAGUUUCUGACAGUAAAGUCAUUAUGGCAGACCUGGGUUGCAAAAAGCCCACUGACUGCACCGUCUCCAGGCUGCUCAGCGUCGUGGAGGGUGAACUCCGGGCAGGGAGAGACAAAGGUGACCCCACUGAGAAGCAGCUUCAGGUUGUCUUAGAGGAUGCUACCCUCUGGCAGAGAUUCAGAGAAGUCACCAACGAGAUGAUUGUGACCAAGAAUGGCAGGCGGAUGUUCCCCGUUUUGAAGAUCAGCGUAUCAGGCUUGGACCCAAAUGCCAUGUAUUCUUUCCUGUUAGACUUCGCCCCGACUGAUGGCCACCGCUGGAAGUACGUCAAUGGAGAAUGGGUGCCAGCUGGGAAACCAGAGCCACCAAACCACAGCUGUGUCUACAUCCACCCAGAUUCUCCCAACUUUGGGGCCCACUGGAUGAAAGCUGCCAUCUCCUUCAGCAAAGUCAAACUUACCAACAAGCUCAAUGGGAGUGGGCAGAUAAUGUUGAACUCCCUGCAUAAAUACGAACCUCAAGUACAUAUAGUUCGUGUAGGAGGCCCCCACCGGAUGGUGAUGAACUGUUCCUUCCCUGAGACUCAGUUCAUAGCUGUGACUGCCUAUCAAAAUGAAGAGAUAACAGCUCUCAAAAUCAAGUAUAAUCCCUUUGCCAAAGCCUUCCUGGAUGCAAAAGAAAGAAACCAUCCCAAGGAUGCACCAGAAACAGUCUCUGAAGGUCAACAUAUGACAUACUCUCACUUGGGUGGCUGGUUGAUUUCCAACCCAGAUACAAUGUGUGCAUCAGGAAGCUCUAAUUACCAGUAUACUGCACCUUUACCUUUGCCAGCUCCACACACUCCCCACGGCUGUGAGCGAUAUUCAGCACUGCGAGGGCAUCGGGCUGCUCCAUACCCACCUCCCUACAUGCAAAGAAAUCAUUCACCUACAGGUACAACUGCUUUGCUUCCUGGAAACAUUCACCCUGACUGACCCUUGCUUUGGGAACCCUAAGCAGUAAAACAAUUGAAAGCUGAAGCUAGGGAAGAGCAGUGUGAGUGUCUGUGACAGUCUAAGCUGAACACUGAAUGCAGAGGGUACGGUUAAGGCAACAAAAGAAGUGGAACAGAAUUGUUCAGUGCAUUGUA